GCUGGUACAAACAGUCGAUCCGUAAUUGUUACUAGGCGACGUGAGAGGCGCUGCAUCAGUUGCAUGGUGUUUGACUUUGUCUAUAGACAUUAGACAUCUGAACCGAUAACGUUUUGUACGCCUGUGUCAGCCCCAAACAAGAGUUUUAUAUCGUCGAGCAGCUCUAACUAUGGUUCCCAAUCCGCGAGGUUUAACCGAGCAAUCAGAGGUGCCUAGAAAUAAUUUUCAUUACAAAUGGAAUAUGCUGUUUGAGAAGGAAAUGAAAGAAUGGAUUGCAUUUGAGCCCACGUUAGGACAUCACGUCUAUGCGUGCUAUUCAUGCCGCCACAUGUUCUACUCUAAGAAGUCAUUUCUUGAUCAUAUUAACAGAAGAACUGUAAAGCUGAAUUAUAGAUGUUUUGGUUGUAGUGGCGAUUUCACAUUUUAUAACAGAUGCUCGUUUCUACUUCACUGUCGAAUGCAUUAUAAUAAGGAUAAAGGAGUCAUAUAUUUAAAUAAUUUGGAAAUUAAAGUAUUAGCCUUUGAUCUGGUCGGUAUGGGUAAACAUCCGGACAUACCAUAUCUAUUUGAUGUCGAGGAGGAUUACGUUGAAGGUGAAACGUUUAUAAAUUCCCAAUUUUAUUCGCCACGAAUCGAAGAUAAAGGAAAAUAUUUAGUCACAUUAAUUCCUUCAGAGGUGCUGAUGAGCGGUACCAAUUCAAUUGGAGAAACAGAAAUGGUGGGAUUGAAGCAGAUUGCAAAGAACAUACCUAAAUGCGAGUUCAUCAAGCUCGAAGCACUUCGCGAAGCGCGAGUAUUAGUUAAAUCAGAACCGGAGGAUUUACAUUCUGUACAGGUUUCAACGGCAGAACCACUCGAGGAACCUAGUAAUAAUAUUCAUAUUACCACAUCUGACCUACAGCCCCUAGCAGCAAAAACACAAAUUAUUUUAUCGGAAGCCCCUCGAAUUUCUUCGCUUGCAGACAAUGGUGACAUGACAAUGCCUGUAAUAACUAAAGUUGAAACUGUAGUCGAGGCCCCGUUAGCAAGCAAGAAAUGCCCAGAAUGUGCUAUGGAAAUACCUGAUAAAUCCGCGACUCACUUUCUAGGAGAGAACAAACCACAAAAUGAGUCAUAUCGCUGUCGGCUCUGUAAACUCAUUUGUCCUACAGAAUGUUCUUUUAAAGCACAUUUGAGAGUUCAUAGCAAAAAGGCACCGUACGUUUGUCCAGAUUGCGGUAUUGAAUUUCCAGCUUUGAAAGAGCUGAUGACUCACAUGGAUGAAGUGUGUUUUCAUAUGGCCAAAUCAGUCAGAUUCAGGUGUCCAGGCAGGCGCUGUGGAAAGAUUUUUGCAUCGGAGGCUACAUUUGGGCCGCAUUUUAAGUCUGUGCAUAUUGAGACACUUUACGGGUGCGGAACUUGCAUGGAUACGUUCGCAGAAUUGGACGAUUGCGAAGAUCACUGCUUAACACAUGCCGAAGAGGCUGUAAAUAUUUUGAAGGUGUUUGCUUGCCCAAGCUGUGAAGAAGAAGAUAUGGAUUGGGAAAUGCUAAAAAACCAUUUAGAAUUCCAUUGUUCGGACUUGUCGCGUUGCAUCUAUAUUUUCAUGUGCAAGUUCUGCAAAUGUUAUUUCAGGUCAGUACAAACGAUGGCAACUCAUAUCGGCCAUUGCAAAGGACACAAAAUUAGUGCACCAAAGCGAGCUCGUCCCAUAAAUAGUGGAAAUGGGAUUGCGGAGAAGAAGUUAUCAGGAAAUGGACCUGCAAACGCAAAGUUUAUGUCCUCAACAUGCAUUGCAUGUGGCAACAGAACGUUAUACUUGAAAUCAAUGCCUUCUCCAUAUUGCUCCAAAUGUUUCAGUCAGCCAAUUCCAGUUGCUUAUAAAAAAUCAUCAUUUACGCAACCUGGAAAAUGCGUUUGCAUUCUUUGUAAAUCCCAAAUCAGCGUUACGGAGCGGCGACGCCAUCAACACGAAUGCAAAUACGGAAAACCACAAGUGUUUGUCGAAAAACUGGAUAUACACAAGAUAGUGGAUAUUGGAAAUUCGACUAAAAAGUGUUCGAGUUCUAGUGGUAGCGAUAUGGAUGGUUCACCACAGAAACAUCCUGCAAGUUCAAGCGACGAAAUACGUCCACGAAAACGACACAAAUUUUCAAGUCCGAAGAAACCACCUGUCCAAAAUGAUUUAAUAGCGGAUAAACCAAUAUCCUUUGACGGUACUUACCAGUGUCGGUUAUGCGAAUAUAAAAACACGAAUCGCAAAGUUUUCCAUGAGCAUAUAACAACUCAUAGAAAUAUUUCCACAGCUUACCAAUGUAUGGAGUGCGGCGAAUGCUUCGUGGUCAAACCUUCAUUAAUUAAACAUUUAGUACAUUUCCAUAAUAUUCUAAAUGAUGACAAAUAUUUCCAACAGAAUGAUUGUUUCGACAAAUGUGCUGUAACGGAAUUAGCUAAAGUUGUUAAGGCUCCUCAUUUGGCAAAUAAUGUUAAAGAUAAUCAAUGUCAAGUGUGCAUGGCUCAGUUUAACACUGAAGAAGAACAUAACAAGCAUUUUAGAUCUCAUGGCAUGGCUUUCCUAAUGAAUAAGUCGAUUUAAAUAAUUGUUGAUAAAUAUUUUUUAAGAACUUCGUUUGUUUGUUGAAGAAGUUUGCAUUA